AUGUCGCACAAAGGAGGCGAUGGAACGUUACAGAAAAAUGAAAAGGUAUUCUUUAAUUAGAACAAUCUAAAUUCAAGAAUGUUAAAGGUUUACUAUUAUUUGGACGAUGCAACUACGCCUUACGUUUCAACGAUGCCAUCUUCUGGAGGAGUGGUAACCCUUCUAGACUUUAAAAAUUCUUUCACAAAGCGCGGAUACAAAUAUUUUUGCAAAGAGUACGACACAGAUAUUGACUGGUAUGUUUCAAGAUUCCUGUUCAAAUCAUUAAAAAUUUCUUUUUUUUUCCAGUGAAGUAAAAGUUGAGCUAGUUGAUGACGACGAUCGAUUGAGAAAGUCGAAGAACGGAAUUUAUGAGCUUUUCUUGGUUAGCAUUCCUGGUUAUGGAACGCUGCCUCGAACAGGCGGGACGUUGAAUAGAAAUCAUACAGGAACGCUCGAAAGGGUUUUACCAAGAGCUCUGUUUGAUGUUGAUGCUGAUUUUAAGAGGAGGCGUCGUUCUCUUGUGGAAAUCAAUGGAAUCCCAUUUUCUGAAGGACCAUCUUCUGUGGCGCCUAGUCAAUCUACGGUUAUUAGUCGUGAGUAAUUUUUCAUAUGUAUGAGUUCACUUGUAAAAGAUUUCAGGAUGUGCGGGUGAGCAUUUAGCCGAAGUGUACAUGUCCAACUCUGAGGAUCCUUAUCGUUACGAUGACAGUACAAGGUAGAAACUGUUCAUGGAGCAGUUUUUUUAUUCUGUUUCAGGCUGACCGGGGAAUCUUCGCUCUAUGAACCGUUAGCGAUGAAUGGAAGACCCUACGACGAAGACCGUGUCCGUCGGCGAAAACCCAGAAAAGAAAGAUACCGACGCGCCUAUGUCCCUAGCACUAUCAGCUCUGCAACAGAGUCUAGGUUGGCAUCCUUUUGAAAAAUGGAGAUGAUUUUUUUUUUCAUAGCGUUGGAAGCGGUUUACCGCGUAUUCUGGAAAUCUUUCUGCCAAUGAAAAACGUGCCUUAUCUGGGACUGAACGUAACGUCUCUCGACGGGAAUAUUUACGUGUCGGGAAUAGCCAAAGGUUUUUUUUUCGAAAUGAUGGUCGAAGGAUUGAAUGUUGAUAUAGGAGGAGCCGUCGACAUCGACCGUCGGAUAGAACUUGGCGACCAAAUUCUGCAGGUCAAUCGAAUUUCUUUCGAAGAACUUUCCGUUGAUGAGGCCGUUUCUGCGUUGAGAGUCGCUGCCGCGUCCAAAAAGUUCGUCUGAAUAGAUUAUUUUUAUCAAAGCUCAUGGGUUUCAGACCGAUCACCCUGUACGUUAGCAAGUUUCGGGCGAGUGAUUUCGAAGAUCCAAUGUCUUCUCUCGCUUCAGAAACGAUGCCUUUGGAUGUUUCUGUUUGGGUCGAAACCGCUGUGUGAGUCCUUUUUGGUCUUUUUUUAACUGGGAUUUCCGUUCUCAGGCAGAACACGGAGAAAAUGCGGGCUUUGGGGAUCGAUCCGCAAGACGCCACCACUACUUUCGACGACGGGACUUUGCCUUUUUCAACGGCGGGCAGUGAUGAUGAGGUAAAAACUUAAGAUUUAUUAGAAAAUAAAAGUCAAAGUAAUUUUUGCUUCGGCUGCUUCAUUUUUUUAGAGUUAACUGUUUGCCGUUUGAACUAACUUAUAAAACAGAAAUUCUUUCAUAUUAAUUUUCGCUUGAGAUACGGCAAAUUCUAUUGAGGAUUGAUUUUACAAAAACCAGCUUAAAUUAAUAACUCAUUUCUAUUAAAAGUUAUCGCAAAAUCUUUUAUAAUUAACGAAUUUGUUUGAACUUUCUUGUCUUCAGGAACAAAUGCUCUAUGAUCAGAGAAGAAACGGCGUCCCCAGAGCGUUACUCGAAGAAGCUGAACGGCGAAGGGAAAAUGAGCAAAAUGGUACUUUUCCAGUCAUUUUCGUCAACAUCCGAAAUUAUUCAGAGCAAUACUACCCAGAGCAUCUGACUGAAACUUUGGACCCGAUGAUUGUGAUCCGAGCCAUGGCCCGACCUGAUUCGGGACUUCAAGUGAAAAACCGAAAGUGGCUCAAAAUCCUCGUCCCCAUGUCCUUCAUAGGUAAACCUUUUCUUCACUCAAGUUGUUUUUUCUUUUGAAUUCGAUUGAGAGUAAUUUUAUCCUAUGAACUUAUUGAAAUGUUUUUUGCUUCCCGAAUACACAAACAUUAAAAUUUCUGUUGCCUUUUAUGGAAAACUGUCUUUUGAUCUACAUGUACUCUACAAGUUUUUAUCUUAAUUGAAAUCCAUCCUUGAUAAAGGGACGGCGGAAACAAAGUUCACUUCAUUUGGGUAAUUUUCAUUUUUGAAUUUUCAAAACUUCAUUCAAAAAAACGGAUAGAUGUGUAAAAAAAUCUUUUGAGCAAAUCUUGAGGAAUUUUCAAAACUUUGAAAAUUUUUCAUAUUCAGUUUCUCAAAAAGUCUUCUUCACUUUUUUUAGCAUUUAGAAGUGCGAAAUAAUAAUCAUUUUUUUAUUUUUCAGGAAGAGAUCUCGUGGAUUGGUUACUAGAGCACGUAGUGGAUUUGAGAGACCGAAAAGCGGCCAGGGCCUACGCCUCGAGGCUUCUGGCGGCUGGCCUCAUUCGUCACGUCGUCAGCAAGUUGACCUUCACCGAGAAGUGCUACUACGUCUUCGGAGGUCAGAAUUCGUGGGCGGAAGCCCGAGGACGACGUUUUCUGCAGAUGGCGUCGUCGUUCUGGGAACCGAGGGCCGCAACGUCGCCGACAGCUCUGGGACCAGCGGCGGAACUCGCGCCGAGGCCACUACAGAGGUCACUUACGUCGGAUCUCCUGCACCCGUCGGUAAUCAUACUUUCUUUUUUUUUUCUUAAGGUCCGUAUCAAAAAUAUUAUUUUUUUCAUGAAGCAAGAAUCUUUCUCAUUAGAAAAAUAGAAUUUUUUUAGGAAUUUUUCAAGAAUGUUAGUUAAGAUUGUUUAACUGUGUUCAGAUUGUCGUUGAAAAACUGAAUAUUAUGUUUUGAAAACACCAAAAAGGGAGAAAAUAGGAAUUCGACUUUCUUUAUGCGUUUCCAUGUUUUUUUUCUGCUUCUCAACAAGCUUAUCUCCAAUGAAGAUCAUUAGUUCCAACUUCCAGAUUGCAUCUCACAAAAUUAAUCAUGUCGAACAUUUUUAGGGAUGCGGCUGGUCCCAGGAGGACUGGCGACGGCGAACAGAAACGGCGGCGCCUUGGGACAAGGACGUCAUCGAUUGGAAACGACGACGUUGAGUCCUGUGGCGCACGACGCGACGUGGUACCGAAGACGCAAGGGAUGCGAAAGUCCUUUGGUCAGCUCUUUUCUUUUGUUUUUUCGCUAUUCGGAAGGGUAUUACUUAUAGAUCAAUAAAGAUCAUUAUAAGAAAAAUAUAAGAGGUUUUGAUGUUUCAAAAAAAAGACACCUCCGCUGUUAUUUGUUGAGAAUUCAUUUCCAGAAGUUGCUUUUUUGAUGAUGAUUUACAAAGGAAUUUAAUAGGAAUCAAGCGGAAAAAUCUAUGGAACUUAUAAUUUUUCAAUUUUUUUCAAUUUUUGUCAUUCGUUUCAGUGAAUUCUAUUUUUCACACUUUUUUUGCUUUGAAGCCGAAGCGCGGUUUUAGAAACUUUAAUUUUUGUGUUCUUUCAAAAAAAAAAAGAAUGGAUGGACCGUUUGAACAGAAAUUUAAGAAUAAAAAAUCGAAAAAUCGUCAUUUCUCCCUUAUUUUCAUUUUUUUCAAGCAAAAUUUCGUGUUAAAAUCGUGUCGCCUGUUCAUGAUUCCUGUUUUUUUUUAUUCAUAUGAGUCCACACUCAUAAUUCCGAGUUCUGAAGCGUCUUUUAUGAGUAAGAAUUGUUUUUCGUUGCAGACGAACGACUACGCGUCGAUGGUGGGCGAAAGCCACCUCGGAGCCGGCGGCUACAGUACUUUCGUGGCCGGAGUUCAUUCCGGCAGACCUGCGCCUUCUCAGGCGACGUCUUCCUGUAUCACGAGCGGAUUCGGAGGUCCUCCGCCGACGCCUCUCAGUGGCACUGCCGUCAUUUUCGCUCCACCGCACCCAAGCCCUUGCGAGACCGAGUUCGAAGACGACGACAAGCGUCGCAUCGUCAAGCCCUAACCUUCAAAUUUCACCCUUUUUUCGGCAUUUCCCUUCACAAAGACGUGGUCAUCUAUAGCGGUAUUUAAAAGAAAGUUGUAUUUCUAUUCAUUUCCUUGAGACAACUAGUAUAUUUCUUUUUAGACUGUGUCAAGUAUUGCUCAAUAGUGUUUUUUUCUCUGCGUUUACUUUCCUAAUCGACCAAUGUUAAUCAAUGAUACUCACGUUUUUUUUUCAUAUGCUUCAAGCAGAACCUCACGGGAAUCUUAUUCGCACACUUGUGAACCAUGACCAACAGCGAUUAUUUCUGUAUGUAAAUACUUUCUUGUGCUAUCAUUCGCUUUUUUUAAAGUGCUUUACUUUUUCUCCCUUUCUGUCCACAUUUUUCAUUCUGGUAUAAAAAUUAUGUUUAUAUAGCAUUGUGUUGAAAAGUGUGUAAUUAUGUUUGUUUCAAAAGCUACUUGAUGAAGUUGAAAAAAUAAUCGAAGACAAUUUCUGAACUCAAGAAAAGCUUCGUUAGGACUAAAAGAUAUAAAGUAAAACUCACGCUGAUAGCUAUUCUUGAAAGAACUUUCGCUCAAUAAUUUUCUUUUUACAGUGCUCAAAACUGAUAAAAAAACGUCCAAAAGAAAAAUUAACAGCCCAAGCGUUUUUAAACCUCAUUAACUUGUAAAUUUGAGAAAUUUCUAGCAUACUGGAGAACUUGGCCAUCACAGCUUCCGUGAAAAUGUCAGAAACUGGCUUGGUCGAAGAGAAAGUGCGCUCCAAGGGCGAUGAAAAAAGUUUUUUUUUUGCAAAUCCCAAUUUUUCUAUUUUUCAUUUACAUUUUUUCAUUAUACUCUUUUUCCCCUUAUUUGAAAAUGGAACGGUAAGCACUCUCUGGCAAUCUAAUUCUCAUCAUGAGCAACUUGGUCAUUUUGCACUAUGACGCGUCUUCUCGAAAUUUUUGCAUUCUGAAAAGAUCUUCAUGCUUUUAGGUAUGUCUCGUCGUGUCGAUUUCGAUCCCAAUGUGGAAGAAGUUUUCGAAAAACGACGUCCGACUUUCAACAGUGCGUUUUAUAUAGAAUAUACGUUUCUUACGUCUUUACUAAAUCAUUAUUAACUGCUCUUUUAUUAAAUUUUUUUAAUUAGCUUUAUCUCAUAAAUUAUUUGAAAUCACUUUGAAAGGCAAUAAAAAAUUAUUUCAAUGCUUUAACGACGAGAAACGACGUAUGAGCGAAAUUUUUUUCUCUAAUAUCAAAAACAACCUCGCGGACCAAAAAAGAAUCAUCGAAUCUCUUUCGUAAUUUCAAUUUAUCAAGGCGAAGAAGAAGGCGUACCUGGAGAAGUGACUGAUUACCUUGUUUAUUUUUCGCGAAUGAUCGACGAGCAAAAUGUCGAAGAAGUUCUGACACUCUACGAUCAAGCUUUUCCCGAUUUGACCGAGAGGUACCUUUUUUCAAGGAUAUAACUUUGGAAAUGAACUAGUUCAGAUUUUUCCGGGAUCGGAUGUGGCCUGAUGAGCACGUUGUCGAACGGAUGAUUGGACCAGGUAUUUCCUUGUUUUUUACAAUUUUUUUUCAGUCUCUGAAAAUCUUAUUUUCUGUAUUUUGAAAGUAGUUGAGAUCUUUCACGUCAAAAUAGUCCUUACGAAUUAUUUUAUAGGAAAUCGAAUCUUCAUAAUUCUCUACAAAGAGCUCUACUUCCGACAGUUGUACGCUCGCAACGCCCGCGGACCCCAACUCGUCUACCGCGUCGAUUCCUUCAUGAACUAUCAAGUAUAGGAUACAGUAACUGCUCACUCCAACAAGAGACUUCGUUGCAGGACCUUUUCUCGGAACUUCUGUCCAGCAAGGAGCCUGUUCCUUUGAGCCUUCCCAACAUCUGGCUCUGGGACAUUGUUGAUGAGUUCGUCUACCAGUUCCAAGCCUUCUGUCUUUACAAGGCGAAUCCCCAGAAGAGAACUUCUGAUGAAGUCGAUGAACUCAUCAAUAUUGAAGAAACUCAGAACGUAAUUAUCUUUUUAGGAGGAAUAAACGGUAAAUUUGAGUUUUCCAGGCAUGGAACAUUUACCCCGUCCUCAACAUUCUGUAUUCGUUGCUUUCAAAGUCGCAGAUCAACGAGCAACUGAAUGCGUUGCGGGAGAAAAGUAAGUUGAAAACCAAACUUCAAAUAGAUUUUGUGAGCGUUUUGUUUGUCCCACAAAACGUCUUGAAAUAGCAGUUUUCCUCAUUUUUGGGUUAUAUAGUCUUUGUGCCACGACUUGAAAUUUCACCGAACGACAUUCCGCUGUUCCGCUGCGUGCUUCGCGAAGCGUCUUUCGAAUUUAGGCCACCCUUUCAAUUGAUUGUUAUUGUUGAGGGAGCACAGGAAAGUAGAGUACCUUAAUAAAAGAAAAAAAAAAUUUAAAAGCGCGACCAAGUUUUGCAAAGGCGCACAGCGGAAUGUCGUUUGGUGAGAUCCCAAGUCGUGGUACACAGGCUAUAAUAAAUUGGAUUUUUCUGUUGUUUUUGUCAUAUAUGCGGUUGUUAGAAAAUUCUCGGAUUGUAUUUCGAAAAGCUCAAAAAGCUUUAAAAUAAAAUAUUUUUCAUGAAUUUUUUUUUCAUUGAAAGACUUUAAUCUUCUGUUGACUUAGUUCUGUCAUGGUUCUAAAUCUUGCGGCUUAAAUGAUGACUGUUUUCAAUAAUAUCAUGUAGGCCACCCGAUUCUCUGAGAAAAUUCUGAAAAAUCCAGUCCAUUUUCUCACUUUGGAAAUGAUAGUUUUAUUCUAAAACGUUUUAGAAAACCCCGAUUUGGUCGCCGACGAGUUCGGACAAUCGGAUCUCUACUUCAAACUGGGUUAUUUCUCUUUGAUCGGUCUCCUCCGUACUCAUGUCCUUCUGGGAGACUAUCACCAGGCUCUCAAAACCGUCCAGUACAUUGAUAUUGACCCCAAGGUUUUUCUUUUCCGAUGAGAAGGUUUAGAAAUAAAGAGGAACCUUAAGGGUCUGUACAACACGGUGCCCACUUGUCUCGUCACCCUCCACUACUUUGUCGGCUUCUCCCACCUGAUGAUGAGGAAUUACGGCGAAGCGACGCGUCUUUUCGUCAACUGUCUUUUGUACAUUCAGCGCACCAAAAACGUCCAAACUCAGCAGCAAACCAAGAAAAACACCUUCACUUACGAUGUGGUUCGUUUUACGUUACCUCAAAAGUUCAAUAUAGUUUCAAAACUUCUGUAUCUUAGGCAAGAUUCAAAAAAAGCAAGAAAAUCUAUUUUUAAAUGCCGUAGGAAUUUUUAAACUUUUUUUUUCUCCAUUUUCAACCGAUUUCCAGAGCUCAUUUCAAUGCCACGAAAAUUGUGUGAUUAGUGUUUUUUUCUUAAAAGUGCGGUUAUUAGAUGAUAUUGAUCAAUGCGCGAAGAUGAUAAUUUUGAAUGGAAGUCUGAAAUAGUUACGGAAAAAAUUUGAAUAAUUUUAUUAUACAUUAUUUUUCUGUCACAUUGGUUCUGUGAAUCUUUAUGGAACGCCCAACAGAAGGGAGUUAAACAGGCAGCUUUUUAUUAAAGAUAAAAAGUACUUUUUUUAUAUUUUGUAAACCUGUCUUCUUUUCCAUCGGACUAGAAAAAAAAAUUUGACUGAUUUUAAAAGUUUGAAGUGUGUCGAGGACUAGGAGAAAGCUAAUAUCUCUACUAAACUGGAACUGACCUUAAAAUUCUUUUAAUAGCAGUGUAGUGGUCAAAAAAUCUAUCAAAAUGAAACCAGCAAAACGUGUGCAUGAUUUGAACGAUUUGCUCAGAUCGGCAAGACCUGGGAGCAGUUGUUCCACCUUCUGGCGAUCUGUCUGGCCGUCCAGCCCCAGCGAAUCGACGAGAGCAUCGCUUCUCAGUUGGCCGAACGAUGUGGAGACCGGAUGUCACACAUGGCCAACGGCAGCAUCGAAGAGUUCCGCAGCGCCUUCUCCAUGGGGUGAGCGAACGGCGAUUCUCUUCCUAACUAAUCUUUCCAUUGAAGAUGCCCCAAGUUCCUCUCUCCGACGACCGUCGCCUAUGAAGGCGCCAACUUGUCCAAGGUCCGUUUUCAGCAACAAUAUCCCUCUAAUGACCUUCAGGAGCCUCUUCUGCGACAGCUGCAGUCGUUCCUCGAAGGAAUCGAGUCUCAGAUGGCGUUGCCGAUUCUGCGCGGCUACCUCAAGCUGUACACGACGCUGCCGACCAAGAAGCUGGCGUCGUUCAUGGACGUCGACGACGAACAUUAUGACUCUUUCCUCGGAAAACUUCUGACCUACAAGGUUUUUUGAUCGAACAGUCUGCGUUAUCGAGGAGAAUUGAGAUGAUCGUUAAUGAACUGGGCAAGGAAGGUUUGCCGGCGACCAACGACGAGGAGGAACCGACUACGGACAUCGAUUUCUACGUUGACCGCGUUAGUUAUUUAUUUACAAGAACGAUCCUUCAUAAAAUACACUAUACUUCUACUCUUUGCUUUAUUUCUCUGCGGUCAACUUCAAAUUCUCAAAUUGUCCUCUUUCUAGAAAUAUUCGUUUUCAGGAUAUGAUCUGCAUUGCUGACACAAAAGUGGCCCGUCGUGUUGGUGAACACUUCAUCCGCCACAUUCAGAAAUUGCACGAGGUUUAUUUUUCUUUCAUUUUUUCCAAAAAGGUGUCGUUUUCAGGUUCAACAACAGCUUACCAAACUCGAAAUUAAGCCUUGA